GCUUGAUAUCACUUUAAAAUUCCUAUGGGGAUUUUACUUUACGGAUUUACAAAGUUAUGUAUUGCCUACAAUCUCCUGGUACUGACCACGGCCUUUCUUGGACGUCUGAAUGAUGCCUGCUUAUUAAUAAUGGAUUUCUUUUAGAAUUAUUCGAACAUCACGGAAAUGCGGUGCAAAGCAUGACGGUCCAUUGGUUUUGGCUUGAAGAUGCUCUUGCUGCCUUCUUCUUUGAUGACUCUAUCAAAGGCAUAAACCACUGUUAGCAGUAUUAGUUUUCAUUCACUUUAAUUAGUUUCUAAUUUAAGGUUUUCAAAAAUUAAUUUCAUGUUCAUAAUUAAGUCCAUGAAUACCUAAAACUUUAUUCCGAAGCCUUAAUCGAGUUAAAAAAAUCCUUUGUGAUUUUCAUUGAGGGAAUGUUUGACAAUUGGCACAUUGCAUGGCUCGAAAAAUUAAUGCAGAUUCUUCCUUCACUGUCCUAUAAACGCCGUUCUCACUUAGUAUCCUACCACAAGUUUCUUCUUUCUUCACUUUUGUAUUCAAUUUCCCCUGACCAUGGGUUACAAGAGGCACCCGAAGAAGAGAAAUGUUGAUCCUUCUUCUCGUGAGAUGAUGUAUAAUAAAAGCAGGGAAAGCAUUCUCAAGAAGGCCGCUGAAUUAUGUAAUUUUGAUAAUACCGAUGUUGGCCUUCUGAUGUUUUCUCCUACAGGUGAAUUGACCAGCUAUGCUAACAAGGGAAGGGUUGAGGAUAUGUUUCUUCGUUAUAUUGAACAGCGUGAUGAUUCUGAUGGGCCUCUCGAAAAUGAAGAGUUCUUAUGCCAAGGCCUGAAGCAUUUGAAGUUCGAAGCUGAAAUGAUGGAAAGAAUGGAUCGCGUGGAGGCUCUUGAGAGUAGACUCAAUGAACUCAACAGGCUAAAAUACAUAGCUGAAGAGAAGAUGAGGUUUUAUAAACCAGAUGCGUCAAAGAUCCACUCAGAGGCUGAAGCUCAUUACCACCAGCAAUUUCUUACCAAUGCACUUCGAAAAAUUGAAAAGCUGAAAAUGGCGAAGCUGCUCGAGGAAGAGGCUUCACCUCCGAACCGCACUUGUGACGGAGCUUCAACAUCAAGCGGAGUUGGCAGUUCUUAAGAGGUUCAAUGGCUGUAAAAGCUUUUUUAUGGGUUUUAGAAUCACAAAAUAAGCCGUUAGCAGUUCCGGCCAUUAGGCAAGCAGUUGUUUCCUUUCUUAGUAGUGGCAAGCCUUAAAGCUUAAGCCUCUUUAUCCUUAGAAUUUCAUUAAAUGUACUGAAAAAAUACACCGUUCACAACUCCGGCGACUAGUGGACUCCUUGUCUCAAGUUUCGAACUUGAAAAAUGGCAAGUUUUAUAGUUAGUUUACUUGUGGUUUUC